GAAUCCGGUGAAGUAAAUUCCUGCACACACUGAAGCUCUACCUGUGCACUGCUUCCGCCUCGUGACGUCACUCAGGUGUGGCGCUGCGGGAAAUGGCGGCUGAAGUUUGUGUCUGUGCUGCGAGACUGUGGAGGAGAAACAGAGCAGCGCUUCGGGAAAGCUGAUGCGGAAGGAAGAGCUGAUUAAAGCAGGAUCUGUAUCGCGACUGGGACACAAUCCAGAGCUUUUCCUCUCCAGUGUGUGUGUGUGUGUGUGUGUGUGUGUGUGUGUGUGCGCGCGCUCUGUAUACACUCCUGCAGGUCUGAUCUACACCACAACACACUGAUCAGAUCCACAGCGCGUUGUUCUUCCCGAUAAUCAGACUCAGAAUCAGACUCAGACUCAGUCGGGAAUCGGCUCCGAGUCGCGGGUCGGAAAAAUCUCGUAACUUUUACAGUAAAGGGGGAAAAUCGGGACGUCGAGACAGGUUGGAGGUUAGCGUGUGAGAUGGCGAACGUGGAUGUGGAGGCGAGUGAGGCGUUUCCUGUACGGAGAGACGGUGAGGAUGCGGGAGAGGAGGAGAGCCGCGAGCCGGGAUGCUGUGAGAGGUUCCACAUGUCCGUGUCCAGGUGGAUGCUGCCGGAGGACCUGCGAGAGACGUACCUGGAGAGAGCGAACUGCUGCCCGCCGCCGAUCUUCAUCAUCCUCAUCAGCAUCGGAGAGUUGGCGGUUUUUAUUUAUUACGCCGUGUGGAAGCCGCAGAAGCAGUGGAUAACUCUGGAUGAAGGAAUCUGGAAGAGUCCGUUAACGUAUAAACCUGACGAGCGCGAGGAGGCGUGGCGUUUCCUCUCCUACAUGUUCGUACACGCCGGUGUUCAGCACAUCCUCGGGAACCUGAUUCUCCAGCUGCUCCUCGGGAUCCCGUUAGAACUGGUCCAUAAAGGGUUCGAGGUGGGGAUGGUGUACCUCGGCGGCGUUCUCGCAGGAUCAUUAGCGAGCUCUAUCUUUGACCCGUACAGCGCCCUCGUCGGGGCUUCAGGGGGAGUUUACGCCCUGAUCGGAGGUUACUUCAUGAACGCUGUAGUGAACUUCAGAGAGAUGAUUCCUCUGCUCGGAGUUUUCCGCAUCACCGUCAUCGUCCUCAUCGUGGGCACAGACAUGGGCUUCGCUCUCUACAGACGCUUCCUGAGUGACGCAGCAGGAAUAAGGGUGUCGUUUGUCGCUCACAUCGGUGGAGGAAUCGCAGGAAUGACCAUCGGCUACGUGUUCUUCAGUAACUACAACCAGAAACUCCUGCGCGAUCCUCGCUUCUGGUUCUGCAUCGUGGGCUACAUCUUCUUCCUGCUCUUUGCCGUCUUCUUCAACAUCUUCCUGUCUCCGGCUCCUCGCUGAUGAAACACUGGAGCUGAGACGUGGAAACGUCGCCGUGUGUCAAUCUUCAUCACUACCUGCUGUUUACAGCGCUGAUCCGUUUACCGCUAAAACACGCCACAAACGUCCUCCAGUUUAACGCCGAGAAAUCGAACGCUAAUGUUUAGGAUGCGUUCAGAUACAUUUCAUUUUAAUUAAACAAAGAAAUUAGUUUCAGUUUUAAAUAUUUGUUUUAGUCUCGUUAACGCCUCGCUGUACCUCGUUAAAACCUCGGUGUUACAGGACGCGAUGAAGAACCACGUGGUUUUUCUUUCUAAUAUUUCCUGUUACAGAAGAAAACGGACUUCAUUUACGGUGCUGUUAGAUUUUAUUUUGGAUUUUCAGGGUCUUUACAGGUUUUACAAAAUCAGGGUUUUUAGCUUUUUCAGUUUUUAUUUUAUGUUUAACAGAAUCAGCGAUUUGACAUGUUUUUUUAAUCUGUUUAUUAUCAGUGGAGCGUCGCUGUACACGUCCCUGUGAACGAGCUGUUACUAUAGAAACGAUAACGUAUUAGAACGAGCGCAUUAAUAUAAACCUGCACUACUGUCAGAGCUGCUGUUAUAGAGAACUAAUCAACAGCUUGAGUCUGUCAUUUUCUGUAUGUGAUUCAUUCUGAGCUCAUUAAAUCAGGAUUUAUUCGUCCUGUGAGUUAUUUUUAGUCCAAACAUCUGAGUUUUAAGGAGCAGUUCUGCCAAAAGUACAAAUAUAAAAUGUACACAAGUUUACUCCGAGUGUAUUCGAUCAGCUGAGACCUGUGUGCUGUUUGCGUUUGUAACUAUGAUGCUAAUGUAGCUAAUGAGUAAUGGAAGCUUAUAGCCUCCAGUUCGCCAUGGUGUAAUAAGUGUGUGUGUGUGUGUGUGUGUGUGUGUAACUCCUCACACUGCAUUAGCUUCGUUGAAAAACAUAUAUAAACCAUAAUAUUUAGAUGAUUGCUGUGUUUCUCAGGAAAAGACUUAAUGAUUUUAUUCUAACUGAAGUCUCAGGUGUGUUUGUGUGAAAUCCUCUGCUCUAUAAUCUGAUAAACGAAAACAUUAUAAAAUCACGUUAAAUCGGGUUGCGUUUAUUUACUCUUUCUGUGCUGUUACCUUAAGGAAAAGUUUAGCUAUUUUAUGAAUGUGUUUGAAACCUGUUAUUUGUACGGUUGGAAUUUAUUCGUCAUUAAAAGACAUUUUCAGUAAAA